AUGAGGCUCAGCCCCGAGAAAUGUACCUUCAAAGUUAAAGGAGGCAAAUUUCUUGGGUUUAUGCUAUCGGCUAGGGGAAUAGAGGCGAACCGAGAUAAAUGCCAAGCUGUCUUAGACAUGCGGAGUCCGAGCAAUCUCAAGGAAAUGCAACGACUGUCCGGAAGGUUGGUCGCAUUGUCCCAAUUCCUCCUUCGUCUAGCCGACAAGAUCAGCCCGAUGACUAAGCUUCUAUGGAAGGCUUCGGCCUUCUCGUGGAAUGAACCAUGCGAGGAAACCUUUGCAGCGUUGAAAGCAACCCUGGCGACACUGCCGAUCCUAACGAGACCUGAUCCUUCAAGCCCACUCCUAGUAUACUUGGCUGUAUCCGAUGAGGCGAUCAGCUCGGCCCUGCCACCGAGUAGUUGUACACACCAACUGCCCAUCGCUAAGGUCUUAGGCAAGCCUGAACUCGCCGGAAGAAUGAUGGCCUGGUCGGUGGAGCUCUUCCAAUUUGACAUCACCUUCAAACCUAGAGGACUGAUCAAAGCCCAAUGCCUGGCCGACUUUGUGAAUGAGCUUCAUCCCCACGGCCAAUUCGAAGAGCAUUGGUGGACCCUCCAUGUGGAAGGUUCCUCAAAUUGUCAGGGAAGCGAAGCAGGAGUAAUUCUGGAGGGACCCAAAGGAAUAGUUUUGGAACAAUCCCUCCGCUUUCGGUUCAAGGCUUCGAACAACCAAGCCGAGUAUGAAGCCCUAUUGGCCAGAUUAAGGCUAGCCGAAGACAUGGGUGCUUCGAGAAUCAAAUGCUUGACCGAUUCCAAAGUUGUGGUCGAGCAAGCAAACUUUCAAGAGGUGUUGGUCGGGCACAUCCCGCGCGAGGACAACACCCGAGCCGAUCAGUUGGCUAGGUUGGCUGCGACCAAGAAGCCAGGCCAACUAAGAACCAUCAUUCAACAAGAAAUCGACCACCCUAGUUUCGAAGCGGAAGUCGUAGCAAGCAUUGAUACCGACCACCUCGGCCAGAGCGACCCACCCGACUGGCGAGCCGAAAUCAAGGCAUUCAUCACCAAUGGCGCCGCUUCGACCGACCCGACCGAAGCCAAACGAUUGAGAACACAGGCCAGCAGAUAUGUCAUCAUCGCAGAUCAGUUAUACAAGCACGGCUUCUCUACUCCCCUACUCAAAUGCCAAGACCAAACCGAGGCCGAUUACGUGAUAAGAGAAGUUCACGAGGGUAUUUGCGGAAUGCACUCCGGGGUGAGAACGACUGUUUCCAAGCUUCUGCGUGCCGGGUACUACUGGCCGACCAUGAAUACCGAUUGCGGAGCCUUUGUGAAGAAGUCUCAACAAUGUCAAAAGCACGGCAACUUAAUCCACCAAGUUGCCGAGCAACUGCAUUACAUUCCCCCAGCGUGA